UAGCCGCUAGGAUGCCACGUAUCAAAAAGGCAUCACGCAACAUGACGCUCACAAAGGAUAAUCGCACGUAUGGCCUUUUCCAUACCAUCUGCAAGAUCGCAUUUUUGGGCGGCGGUAACAACUUUUGGUUAGAGGACAUGGAUUGUCCCGCAAUAUUGACGAAAAUCUACAACGCAAUAAAUCCAGUCCUCGAAGUCAUAAUAAUUUUGUUUAUUAUGUCCCAUUUCGGUGCUUUUUGGACGCAGCCGAAUCUAACUGAAACGCAGAGCACCGAUCGAAUGUUAUUGACGUGUGUUAAUGGCAUUUCAUAUACGGUUUAUGUAAACAUUUUAUAUUAUAAGCCGGAUAUGAGAGAGUUGGUCAGAGAGUUGGUGACAUUUGCUGCGAGGCUGAAGGAGGUUUCUAACGAUGGAAUCAUCGAGGAAAUGAUGCAUAGAACAGCGUUUCGGUAUAUGAUUGCGCUUUUUUUGGUCAGCUCUGCGGUGGUUUCUUACGGGUUUCAGAGUUACAACAAGUGAGUACUUAUUACUUAUUCUUAGGAUCCAACGUGAAACGGGAAAUGAUACCUAAACAUGCCUUUGUCGCAUAAAUAAAAUUAAAUAUGACAACAUUGUUCUAGUUCAUUAGGAAAAUCAAUACGAGUAUCUUUUAAUUUACCGUUACACAUGUUUCGAUAUUCGAGGCCCUUUCACCCCAUAUGAGCAUUUUUUUAUUUUUUGAAAUUUUUAUAUAUUGUGAUCUUUUUUGUUAUUUCUAUAUAGUCAGGAUCGCGAGCCCUUUUCAUCCUUAUAGGAGAGAAAAAGUGUCCAAAAAUUAUAAAACACAUCUAAGCGCAAAGCAUAUCAAUUCAAACUAAUAGUUAUUUUAUUUGUUUUACAAGGGGGCAAAGCACGAGCGGUUAAACAACAAGUUUUACCGCUCGUGCUAAUAUUGAUACACGAGCAAGCGAAAGAUUCCAAAAUUGAACGAGCGUAGCGUGUGGUUCGAAAAAUGGAAUCUUGAGCGUUCCCAGGGUUUCAAAGCACGAGGGUUAAACAAAAUUUGCGUCGAGUGAAACACAACAUUUUUCAUCACACCAACCCAACCCAAAGCAAAUAUUAAAUGUAAAAUAUGCAACAAAAUCAAACCAAAUAAAAUCCAAAUGAAUUUUAUUAAAUAUUUAUCAUCCAAAAUCAUCAUUUAAAAGUCAAAUUUACUAGCAAACAUAAGAAAACAACUCAAAAUUUGUAUUUGAUUAGUUUGCCUCAUUUUGUGAAUUAAAUGCAACUUUGCUAUCAAUUUUUGAAGUGCCAAGUAUAGUAGUGUACCCUAUGAUGGGCGUGGAACCAGUAAUGGGACAAAAAACCACAAAUCCUGUAAAAUAAGUGUCUAAAAGUAGUUUAUAAACACUGCCUGUAUAUUAUCAUAAAUAAGAGUCCUAGAGCUGUUUCAGUUUGAAUUUUUAUUAAAUUUGGUUGUUUUUUAAGAAAUUGGCGUCAAUCCAAAAGUUGUCGUGUCACUGAAAAAAAAUACCACUACGAAUUCUUAACAACUUCGCUAAGAGAGGUGAGUUAAUUUAUUAAAUUUUAAUUAAUUAAUACUUGAUGAAAACUAAAAUGUGUUUUGUUAAUUGCAUUUACCAUGAGAUAAGGUAUACAACAUACUAUGUUGUGAGUCCACACAUGUAAAAAAAUAGUGGUAUUUGGCCCAAUCCCAUUAUAGGAGCUGUAAAACUGCAUACCUCCUAUAAUGGGAAAUUUACAUAAUGAUGCUUGCCAUGCCAUCAUUUCAUGUUUAAACAAUACAGAAGUAAAAUGUAGUUACGAAAUAUGUCAACCAGGUAUGCUCGGACUUCGGAUAAAUUAAUAUCAUUUUUUAGUGUGGGUCAAAUCUUGGUAGCCGAGUUUGAGCCACUUUCCCGUUUUUCGAUUGAGUUGAAAUUUUGUAUUCGUAAUUAAAUAUGCAAAUCGGAUGAUAAUGCAAUAUUAUGAUAACAUGGACCAGAUCUGAUGACCUAUUUCAAUAUUUUAUACUGAUAGAGCAGUGUCCAUUACUGGGGGGCCCAUUACUGGAGCUUUGGUGUCCAUGACUGGAGAAAAAUAGCAUAGUUUUAAUUUGUUAAGUAUGUGGAAACUCAUUGCAGUAUCUUUGAUACAACACGCCUGAAACAUGAAAGACGGGUAGGACUUUCAUCUUUCAAUACGCUAAGCGGUAGACCAUUCACAUGUAUUAGGGAAAUAUCACAAAUACUCCAAAUUCCCUCUUAAAUGUCCCAUGACUGGUACUGUUACUAUAAGCCUUUCCGAACUGGUGUGGUGAAAUAGUAGUUCAUAGAAUCAAAAUGAUAUAUUUCCGUCAAGGGAGUACAUUGAAUCCUGAUCGUAAUGAGGGAUUCAAGUGUUAACGCCCAAGACGAAAUAAUUUUGAUACCGUGUGACACAUACUGUUUUUCAUAUCUUCUUGGUCGCAUCCAUCAUGACUGAUGAUCGUGGUUGGUGGGUUUUGAUCGGGCACGAAUACACUCUCGCCAUCGAUUCCGGUCCAUCGCUUUCCUCAUCACCUCGUAGAAUUUCUGAGAUGGUUCGUCGCCUUUGAGUCGCCUUUUCACAUCAACUAUGAGGAAAAUAAAAAAAUCUUAGUGUUGUCACAGUCUGAUGCUUAAACAGAUUAUUUAAACUAAAAAAAUAAUGUGUAAAAAAAUUAAAAAUACUGUGCUAGAACAGAAAAGUGUUACUUUGAUCCCUCCUAGCAGGGAGGAAAAGUGCCACUUUCAUCCCUCCUAGCAGGGAAGAAAACGCUCUUUU